UCAUUUAAGAGUUGGCUAGCUUUUUAAAACAACUCCAAUCCCAAUUGUUGACGGCAAAAACCGGUUUCUGUCUCGAAAUUCGGUUUAUCAUUUCAGCGACCAAUGGCAAGGGUUUGCUCUUCAAUACUGUUUUUCAUCCUCAGUCACAUCUUCAUUCUCCUAAUAGCCCAGGUCACUUCUCAGCCAGAAUUCCUGAAUAACUUUUGUGAGAACGACAGAGGAAAUUACACCAGGAAUAGUACUUAUGAGGCCAACCUCAACCACCUCCUUUCAACUCUUCCCUCCCAAGAUGGCAACGACUACGGCUUUUACAAUCUCUCAUAUGGAAAUUCCUCCGACAAAGUCUACACGAUUGCGCUAUGCAGGGGAGAUGCGAAGCCCGAUGCCUGCCGCAGUUGCCUCAACGACUCCACGCUCCUCCUCCCACAGAGAUGCCGCGAUCAGAAGGAGGCGGUCGGAUGGUACGACAACUGCAUGUUGCGCUACUCCAACCGAUCCAUGUUCGGCAUCGUUGAAACUUCUCAAAUAUUCUACAUGUGGAGUGUCCAAAAUGUAACCGACGCGGACGGAUUCUACGAAAAACUAAGAACAUUGAUAAACCAGCUGAAAAAUCAAGCUGCAGCAGGUGAUUCCCUUCGCAAAUUCGCAACGGGAAAUGAUACCACUCCGGAGUUCAAAACCAUAUAUGCGCUUGUCCAGUGCACGCCAGACUUGUCGAAGGAACAAUGCAACAAUUGCUUGGAUAGCGUCUUUGGGUAUAUUCCGCAGUGCUGUGGUGGGAAGAAAGGGGGGAGAGUUAUUGGCCCCAGUUGUAACGUUAGGUAUGAGGAUUACCUCUUCUAUGAUUCUACAGCCAACCCGCCCCCAACUUCCCCACCAACGGUAUCUCCUCCUCCGCCAACAUCGACUAACACCACCCCAACACAAGGAAACGAGAGUAACACGUCUAGAACCGUCAUUAUUGUUGCUGUUUCAACUAGUGCUCUGUUUUUGGUGGUGCUAAUUAUCUCCGUCUGCGUGUUUUUUGGAAUAAAGAUGGCCAAGAAAAAGGAGGAAACUCGUCCCUUGUACGAACCUGUAGAAGAAAUUGAAAGUGCGGAAUCCUUACAAUACAAUUUUGACACCAUCAAAGUUGCAACGGAUAAUUUUUCAGAGGCAAAUAAGCUUGGACAGGGAGGAUUUGGCUCUGUUUACAGGGGAAGACUUUCUGAUGGAGAAGAGAUAGCUGUAAAAAGGUUGUCUAGGGGUUCAGGCCAAGGAGACCUGGAAUUCAAGAAUGAGGUCUUACUAGUUGCAAAGCUUCAACACCGCAAUCUUGUUCGGCUCCUCGGUUUCUGCUUGGAAGGAAAUGAAAGGCUUCUUGUAUAUGAGUUUGUUCCAAACGCAAGUCUUGAUCACUUCAUAUUUGAUCCAAGCAAGCGUGCACAUUUAAAUUGGGAGAGGCGUUACAAAAUUAUAGGAGGCGUUUCUCGGGGACUCCUUUACCUUCAUGAAGAUUCACGUUUGAGAAUUAUCCACCGAGAUCUUAAGGCUAGUAACAUUUUGUUAGAUGAAGAAAUGAACCCUAAGAUCUCAGAUUUUGGAAUGGCAAGAUUAUUCCUCGUUGAUCAAACUCAAGGAAACACAAGUAGAAUUGUGGGAACCUACGGAUAUAUGGCUCCAGAGUACGUAAUGCAUGGACAAUUUUCAGUCAAGUCUGAUAUAUUCAGUUUCGGUGUGUUACUCUUAGAAAUAGUAAGCGGACAAAAAAAUAAUUGUUUCCGUCAUGGAGAGCAUGUAGAAGACCUUUUAAGCUAUGCAUGGAGAAAUUGGAGGGAGGGGACAGCCUUGAAUGUUGCAGAUCCCCUAAUGAGACAAAUUAGUUCGGGAUCUGAAAUAACGAGAUGCAUCCACAUUGCACUGUUGUGUGUCCAAGUAAAUGUAGCUGAUAGACCAACGAUGAAUACAGUUGUUCUUAUGCUAAACAGUAACUCUCUGUCCCUCCCAGUGCCCUCAGAACCAGCUUUCUUUAUGCAUAGCCGCAUUGCAUCAGAUAUGUCAUUGGCUUCUGAUCUCAAUUCAAGGUCGGAUCAUUCGAAAAGCGAGUCUGGUAACCAAGCAUCUGUAAAUGAAGCUUCAAUCACUGAAUUCUACCCUCGCUAGUGUGAGGAUAAUUACUUGCUCAUAUGCCAUGAUUAAUUAAUGGUCAUAUCUAGAUGCCCAGCAAAUUUUCCCUCGUUUGAUUUUUAUUCUGUUCUUUGUCCCCACCACCAAAUUGGACUGAUGUUGCAGUUAGUAUAUAUGAGCACCAAUUUUUUUUAUUGA